GCUUCACUUAGCAAGCACCCGCUCUACCAACACCGCGACGUGCCGGUGGGAGUGUGGUUCAAAUUUUUUCAAUUUUUUCCCCCCCAAUUUGCACAAUAAAAAAAAAGGAUGCCGUCAGGUUCUCGAACUGAGCAAGCGAGAGCUUCGACGCGGUGUCGCCGUUGAGAAGGAACGGAAAAAGAAAACAAGAGGAAACGAAGAGAAACGGAAGGGACAGAAAGGGGAGUUUACCAGCUAAGAGCCCGGUGCCGGACAUGGAGAAGACGGUGAUGAUGAUGACGACGACGACGACGACGAAGGUUGGGUCCGAGGAGAAGAUACGGCCGAGGAUCAUCGUGCACGGCGGGGCGGGCAACGUCACGCGGGCGAAUUUACCGAGGGCGUCGUACGAGGCGUACAAGAGGGCGUUGCUGAGCGUGCUGGCAGAGGCGCAGGCGCUGCUGGGGCGGCCGGAGGCGACAGCGCUGGAGGUGGCCGUGCACGCGGUGGCGCGGCUGGAGGACGACGCGCUGUUCAACUGCGGCAAGGGGGCCGUGUUCACGCGAGCAGGCACGAACGAGCUGGAGGCGAGCGUGAUGGUGUCGCGGGGCAGCCGGCGGCGGGGCGUCGGGUGCACGCUGCUGAAGCACGUCAAGAACCCGGUCAAGUUGGCGAGGGAGAUGCUGGUCCGGGGCGAGAGAGACGACGGCGGCGGAUGUGCGCACGCGCAGCUGAGCGGGCGCGAGCUGGAAAGGCUGGCGGCGGAGUGGGGCCUGGAGAUGGUCGGGCAAGACUACUUCUUCACGCAGCGGCGGUGGGACGAGCACGUCAGGGGCUUAGAAAGGGAGCGGGGCAAGGCGGAGGACGGACGAGGCGCCGUCGCGGCGGAGACGGCAGCGGCGGCGGGGCCUGCGACGAACGGCGAGAGGGUCCGCGACGGCGAUCCGUCCUGGGACGGCCACGAGUAUCUGCCUCAAGGCACGGUGGGAGCGGUCGUGCUAGAUCGCUUCGGGACCGUCUGCGCCGCCACCUCGACGGGAGGCUUGACCAACAAGUUACCCGGCCGGAUCGGGGAUACUCCGACGCUGGGCGCGGGCUUCUGGGCCGAGGAAUGGAUGGAGCCCAGCCGGCGAGCGGACCAAGCCGCAGGCUGCAGACCAUCCUCGUCUUCGUCGCCGCUAGACCUGCUGUCGCGGGGAGACGUGGUCGGCCUGCUCGGCGCCUGCCUGCCCAGCCUCUCGACCGGCCCGCCCCACGUUGCUCAGAAGUCGCCGCGCGACAAGGACGACAUUCGUCACGCCGUAGGCUUGAGCGGAACGGGCAACGGCGACUCGUUCCUGCGAGUGAACGCCGCCCGGACGGCGGCGGCGAUGACGCGCUUCGCGCCCAGCGUGUCGCUUGCUCAAGCCGUCGACGCGGUGGCCGGGCCAGGUGGCGAGCUGGAAAAGUCCGCCGGCGACCGCUUUGGCAAGACGGGCGAAGGCGAGGGCGGCAUGAUCGGCAUCGAGCUGGUCGGGUCUCACGGCCGGGUGGUGCAGAAUCACAACUGCGGCGGCAUGUUUCGUGCGUGGGUCGACGAUGACGGGCGGCACCGGUUCAUGGUGUUCAAGGGGGAGGAGGAGUAUUGAUGGCGAACAGGGUAUCUAACAGAGCAAAAUCGAGGUAUUUUUUUUUCUUUAAA